AUGGAAGGAGACGGAUCUCCUUCGAACGACAAAAACAAGGACUCGAAGGAGGAGGACGACCCGAGCAAGAAGAAGAAAAAGCGCUUCGAGCCACGCGCCGCGACUCGUCAAGGUCGUCGGCGUCGUCGGAAGGGUCCUUCCGGUCUCAACAAGACACCAACUAUUCUUCCGAAUUCCAAAUGUAAACUGCGUUUGCUAAAGCUCGAUCGCGUCAAGGAUUUCCUGCUGCUCGAGGAAGAAUUUAUCCGCAAUCACCAAGCCCUCACGGCAACGAACCCCAAUUCGUCUUUGCAGGAUCGCGAUAAGGAAGAACGGGAGAAUCUGGAAGAACUCCGCGGGACGCCACUCGGCGUGGGAUCGCUCGAAGAAAUUAUCGACGACAAUCACGCCAUU